AUGAGCACAUAUGCAUCCUCGAAGCAAGAAAGAAACCGGACAUUAUGGAUUCUAACCACCCUCAAUGCCAUCUUCUUCGGGGCGGCCUUAGCUCUAUACUUUGCUGCUUGGGUAAAAUAUACCGAGCGCAAUGCGUGCCUCAAGGCCACAUCUACGUAUUCUCCCGUUCUCGAGGAAGUAGACAUGUCACUGACCGAUACUCUACUUAACGGAAGUCUUUGGCUAGGGGAUAACCCACCUAUCUGGCGAGGUCUACCAAACUCUAACGAAACCAACGAAGCUUGGGACAGCUUCGAGCAUGUAAAGCCCAUCGCCCUAACCAAGGAUCAAAUAAUGGCCAUGGGCAAGGAUCCUGCCACGGUCGCCAAGUUCAAUGACGACUAUUGGGGCCUAGGAGACGAUGCGUAUGUUGGCGCGCUUGACUUUUUCCAUCAGGUUCACUGUCUAAGUGUGUUACGACAUGAGGCCUUCAGGUACUGGGACCGGGAGGGGGAAACGGUACCUAAAUGGAAUAAAAUCCACUGGAUUCAUAUACAGCAUUGCGUCGGAAUGAUGAUGGAACAUCUUCUCUGCAAUGCAGAUGCUGGAUUUCUGACUUACAGCUGGGUGGAACAUGAAUUACACCCUUUUCCGGAUAUGAGUGUACGGAAGCAAUGCAGAGACUGGCACCAGCUAGUCGAUUAUCGCGACGCAUAUGGGGUGAACUUGACCAAGUAUGUAGAAUGGAUAAAACCUAAAGGGGUUAAGGAACUCGAACAGCCUCUAGACUGGUGGCAGCAUCACGGUCAAGGAGAUAAGGCACAUUACGCUAAUGGAACAGUAAUUGAGAAUUGA